AUGAAUGUUUCAUUUUUGUUAAUUUUCGUAUUAAUUCGAUUUGCACAUCCGCUGUGCUCCGAAACGUCACUAUGUAUUGAACGUAUUCGUCGCUUAGUAGCUGAACCAAGGCGAUUUUGGUUCGGUGAACAAUGGAAGUUAGUUUCGUAUGGGUUCCGAAAUUUCAGAAUUUUCCCAUUUCACAGUCUAGGUGGUAGACUAUUCCGAGUGAAAACAUAUCAAGCCGCAUUCCUACAAAAUCUUCGCUUGUAUCCUCGAGUAACUUUCAGAACACAACCAGGCACUUAUCGAGCGUGUGAUCAUGAUUUUGUGGUCGAUAAACCAGGAAGGAGCAUUAUUGAAGUGGAUCCAGAUAUGGAGCCAGUUGAGCCGUUCAACAUUCGUUAUCUACCGGAUAUUCGAUGGCCGGGAAUCAGUCGUAAUGACACGUUUAUAAUCUUGAUUACGGACGCUGGCUUCGGCACACUGAACUUCGUCGCUUACGAUUAUCCAAAAAACUCGAAGGUACUGCAGCAUUAUAAACCGUCAGAGAAUUUUCGACCUCUUGUCAAUCCACUUGUCGUAAUCGUUUUCCAACAAGCACCGAAACGUGAUUAUGGAAAUUUGAAGAUCACCGAUGGCUCAGAAUUAUUCAAUUUACCAAAAUUUAUGAUCGAUAAUGCACUCGAGAGCGAACAUAAGAAUACGAUCCUUUCAGAUUUGGUGGGUAUGAACAUCGUGAUGGUAUCAGCAGAUGCUUAUUCAAUUGAGAAGCAACGGAUACGAGCCAUUGUUGAUAACUGUCAUUCAUUGAUUCAGCAAAAAUUAAGAAAGGAUAAUCGCUGGUCCUUUGUGAACGCAUUUCCUUUAUCCGAAAUGGAUACAUCGCUCUCGGUGGAUUACCAACAACCUGCUGUUUCGUAUGAAGUUUGCUGUGAACAAAUUGAUUUAUGGGAUAUGUGGUUGCCACUGGAUCCCCUCGGGGACGGUAAUUUACCAUCGUUGGUAGUGCAUAAUGAACCACGAGUGUCUGCGAUACGUAUUCCACAAAACAACGCCAACUAUCAACGCAGUGCAAGGGACUUCGUCGGAGUUGUAUUAUUCGAUUAUUCCUAUUCACUGGUGCUGUUCGAUCCAGACAGGGCUUUUCUUCAUUGGUUAAUAAUCGACAUUCCGUCAGCAUCGCUAGCCGCGUCUAGUAUCAAUGACGGGAAAACGGUUGGUUGUGUUUUGAGUCUUUCUUUGAGGUGA